AUGUCCCAAAUCGCCGAUCCGUCGCUGCAAAAAGCCAACCCCUUUGACCAACUGCUUACCGACUCUCAGAACGAUCCUACACGCAUUCAAACCCGAUAUGAGACCCAUCGGACCGACAGAAACGCCCAGUACAAGGCGAAACUUCUCAGCCCUGAUUUCCCCGGCUGGCAGACCGAUGAAAUCCUGUCCAAGCUGCACGCACAAGAGACGGACGGGGUCAGCGCAGGAGAGCCCCCGUUCCAGGACCACCGGAACAAUCUGAACCUUUAUGCCCGACCUCCCCAGCAUAUCCGGGACAUGGUGGCGGAGAUCCAGCAGGAUAUCCGCGAUGUCGCGCCGACUAUGUGGUUUACGCCGCCGCAUUAUCUACACAUGACGACCUUGGAGAUGGCGAGCAGUCGGACGCCCGAGGAGGUCGACAUGUUUGUCUCGCACCUACAACGCAGUGGGAUCCUGCCUGACCUGGUCGACUACACCUUCACGCACCCUACGCGGCUCGUCAAGCCCGUCGUCAGUUACGAUGCAGCAGCGAUGGCGCUGAGUUUCAUCCCCGCGGCCGGUGAAGACACCGAUGCGAGUCUGUCCCCAGGCAGUACUGAUGACUCGUACACCUAUCACCACUUGCGGCGGGAUCUUUUCGGCAAAGUCACGGACACGGGUCUAUUGAUGAACCCCAGGUAUAUCGUUCCUUCGGCGCAUAUUACCAUCGCUCGGUUUAUCACCCAGGAGGGGUUUCAGACGACGGAUGCAGACGGAAAGGAGCUGGUGGGUCGGGAUCGUGUGGCUGCGUUGGUAGAGAGGUUGGAUCGUAUUAAUGCACGGCUGCGAGAGGAAUACUGGCCUCAGCAUGGGACAACGCCAUCCAAGGGGGUCUGGCGAGUCGGAGAAGAAAAGGGGCUGGCGUUGUCGACGGGGCCGUCGUGGUAUGGGGGCGGACAGGACAUUCGGCUUGGAAAAGGAUAUGUAUAG